AUGCCACAGCUAAGACCUCGGAAAGUGCAGCUAAGCAGGGAGGCAGUGACUGCUAGGAUGGGGCCCUGCCCACAACCUGUGGAUGCAGAGAUGGGAGCCCACUCUGGGGACUUCUCUGCGGCCAAGGGGAACCCUCAGCGGGAGGCAAAGAGAAAAGCAAUGCAUUCCUUAUCCUGCUCUUCAUCACCUAUCCUGUUCUCCAGGGUCCCAUGUGAGCAGCUCACAUUUCCAGCAGUAGCAUCUAUGGAGGAGCAACAUGGGACUAAUACGAGGCUUGUAGGUAAAAGAAAGGAAGGGAGACGAGGCUGCAGAGGAAGAGGCAUUGCUGCUGCUGGAGGCAGAAGAGAAGCAGCUUUACAGGUUUCAGACCAUGCUGCAACUAAAGUCUGGGAGACGGUGAUGGUGCCAGUAGGGAGGUGUUGGGAAAAGGCUAUCUGUAGAAAAAGAGGACAGGGAUUGCAGCAGUUUUCCUCUGGAACUAGGUUGGAAGAGAAAUUGGCAACAGGGAUUGAGGGAAAACUAAGAAGUAGCUCCUCAGCAAAAUUGGGGCUGUUGGGGCCCCAAGAGGGAUUAGGAAGCCCAGGGAAAAAGAGCAGACAUUCCUUAAUGGAAUUGAAGCUACAAAUUCCAUGCCCCAAGGAAGAACUGGUGAGCCCAGAGAGGAGUGACAGAUGCACCUUGUCAGAACCAGUAGUGCUGGGGCCUGGGAAGGAUGCAGGGAGUCCCCAGGAGAGUACAGCAAAGAAAAAAAUAAUAGAAGUUAAGGAAGACUCAGAUGCACAGGAUGGAAAGCAGCUAGAGACUGAUCUAAAUAUAUCAAAAGAUUAUAACAUAAAGAAACCACUAGUAGCUUACUCUGAAUCUCUCCAGGUAGCUAAGUCAGAUGGAACUCAGAGCAAGAUACCAGUAUGCCCGGGUUUAAAAACGGGAUCUACAGAACAGUGUAACAGGAGAAGAAAUAGACUCACCAAGACCAGAUGUUUACAGAAUUUGGAUGUAAAAGUAACUGAAAAUAAAGCGACAAAGAGCAAACUGGUAAAGUCUAAGGAUGAAAAGUGCAGAGAAACCCCAAAUUAUCAUAAUAGCUUUCCAUCCACAGUAGAAAAGAAUCCAGUUGUAAAAUUAUAUGACUGUCGUUACCUUAAUACAUUUGUAAAGUCUUCAGUUGAUGCAACCAACUGCAGUUACAAAAUUGGUGGUGGAUUCUUGCAUGUAGCACAGGGUAAGAGAGAGACUUUUUGUCCUGACAGUGUUAUGGGACAGAGUGAUAUGAAUAGCAAGCUUAAUGUAAUGCAGAUGUCCACACAGAAAAGUAUAUCAUUUGACAAAGAAGGAAUAUGCCAAAAUAGAAAAAAUUGUCAAAAUGAAAACAGUAAGUGCUUGAGGGAAAGAAAGUGGAGUAUUGAUAGAAAGCCCAGGAAAAGGAUGAAACUUUUUGAAAAAUCAUCAGUCCAGAAUGUUCUCCCAGUUAUAGACAACAAAUACUGUGAAUAUGAGUUACAUAUGGAAGAUAAAACUGCCACAACAGACUCUUUAGCAGUUUUAGAGUUAAAUAGCAAUGAAACUACUUCCUCAUCUUCAUUUGAUCAAAAAUCAAAUCCCCAUCUAGAACCAAAUACUCAAGAAGCACAAAAUGGUUGUACUGCCUCGGUUAAUAGAAAAAUGCACUUGAAACCCUGUGCAACAGAAGGUAGUUUUGAGAACAGACUUCAGCUAUCUGAAAUUGCAAAAGGAGAAAAGGGUGGUUUUGAUUCAGAAAGUAUAGAACAACAAGACCGCUUGAAUACCUCAAAUAGUCCAGAAGUGGUUACUUUGGUCAGUGACAAUAUUUCUGAUUACUACAAUGAUGCCAGUUGCCAAAAGAGAGAGAGGAUAGUGUCAAAUGAAAAACUGAUAAGUAAUGUUGAGAAAUUACAGCUAUAUAGCUGUCAAAGAAUAGUACCAAUGUCUGGUAAAAAUGUUUGGCCUCGUGAAUCAUGUGCUAGGACUUCUGAAUGGUUUCAUAAAAAUCACGUGUCUGUCCUGGAAGGAAAAACUUCAACUUCUGGUUCUCAGGAAUGCUCAUGUGAAAACAAUACCGAAGCUGUAAGAGAUAUGGUUUUAACUGAUAACUCCAGGCAAUUAGAGCUAAGUAUGUUAGAGGCAGAAAGUGUCAAAGAAUCUGCAUGUAAAAUAACAAUGGAGUCUAACAUUGAAUGUCUGACUUCUGUUAGAACACCAGAGUCAUCAUUAUUGGAUAUUUGUGGGACUUUGAGAGUCACCUGUAAUGAAAAUCUAGAGUCAUCAGUGGAUAGUAGUCCCAUAGCUUCUAAGUCUGAAGCUGUCCAUGAAGCUCAGGUGAUCUUAAAUUUGGCAGUAAAACAAAAACAAGAUGAUAAAAACAAAGGCGCUUUAACAAAGAAAAAUCUGAUGAUGGCGCUCCAUGAUGGUAUAUCUGAAGAUGACAAUACAAGUAAAAUGAUUGUUAAUCAUAAGACAUCAAUGAUGAAAAAAACAGUUACAAUUCCAAACUUAAUGAAAAUGUUAUACCCGGGAAAUCUAUCAAAUUUCAAAAUUCCUUUACGCAAAAAUAAAACUGAAUCCAGGAAAGUGGACUGUAUUAGAUCAUUAGAUAAAAAAACAUACAGUCCACUGGAACGCCUUCACAAAUCUGCUGCUGCUUCAGCAAGGCAGAACAGAGCCGAGGAGAAUUCCUCUAUGGUAGUCUCUGAGCAGCAGCCUAUCUCUGAAGAGGCAGAUAUCUCUGUAAUCCCCUCAAAGGAAAAUGCUGACCAAAUGAGCAGUAAGGACUUUGGCAGUGGUGGUUCUGAAAGUCUUUCAAAUGAAAUAAAUAUACUUUCUGAACAUGUUUCUACAUAUCAGUGUGCUUUUCUUGAGGGAGAAUUGGAGUCAUCUGCUCUUGAGGAUGUUACUGACUCUUCUGCUACUGCACCUAUAGAGCAAAGUCGCACACUAGAUUAUUCCAGUAAAACAGUUGACCAUUCUGUUUCAUUAGAAAUGCAUGAUGAUGAUAAAAAGAAGUCAAGAAUGGAUCUUGCACAGAGUAAGAUUAAAAACUUUCCAGAUGUUCUUAAGGCUUAUGAAGAUGAUAUUCUUGUGAUUGAUGUAAUUCAGGAUGACCCUGACCUUUUUGGAACCACUGAUGAAGGGGAGCUUGCAUUCACAAUGAACCAUGUGACUGAAAAGCACUGUAAUAUCAGUACUACCUCGGAGGAAAAACAGGAUGUCAAGCCAAAAUGCCUUAUCCUUCCAGAAACUAAGGAUUCAAGGGAUUACUUUAGAGAGAGUCCCAUUCAAGAAUCUGGAACAUUGAAAUCUGGCACAGAUUCAUAUGAUGCACUGCUGAUGGCUAAUAAGAUUCAAAAACAUGAUUCCUCAAGUGGAAGCUGUCCUUUGGGAGGCGUAAUUGAGGAGUCUUUUGAGGAUGGGCAGCUGAUUGAAUCAGAUGAACUCUUAAAGGAUUUUCAUAUGGAUGAGAAGUACAGUUUUUCAGGCAAGUCGGAUGCUAUAAAAGAAGAAAAAGUAAAUAUUCAUGAAGCUGAAAAAAGCAAUGAUUCUAAAUAUAUAGAAUUUGUGAGCAGUGAACUUCAGUUAGGAUUGCAACUGCCAUCCCUGCAAAUAAAUGCCUACCAGGAAGAGACAGUACUGAAACCCUGGAUCAAUGGUAUUUUAUUCUGUAAUUCAGUAGCUUGCGCUUUAGCUUCAUACUCUAUUUAAUCUACAUUUUAAUUAGAGCACUUUAACUUCAGCUGUUAGGGUUCAUAUUUCAGAUACUCAGGAAAAAGCUCUCUUUUGCCGUUGCCAAAUUCUGACUGUUAUGAACCAUGGAAAAUGGACAAAAAUGUGGUGGUUUCCCAUCUGAUCCAGCAGAACCUUGGGAUGAUUGAGUUGCCCCGUAAAUAUUGCAGAUUUUAUUUCAGUACAUUGCGUGGCUGUGAGAGAGUGGAAUGUUGGUUUUGGCAUGUUCCUGAACAAGGAGAUGAAAAGAUUUGCAUGGCAAUACUUAAGACGUAUAUAAAUAUCAAUGAAUCAAGUUUGCUACAACGUUCAGUCCAGAUAUUUAUGAAUUACUACAGAGAAGUUACUCCUGGUGUGCAUUUUGAUUCACAAGUGCUGAAUGAUCUUCUCCUUUCUUUGAUCAAGUGUUGUUUGUUGAAAGAAGUAUUUCAGUUGUUAAAUGUUGCUGUAAUGAUUAAAAUGCUGCCAGCUGUUGAUGUAUUCCUGAAGGUGUUUGAGCAUGUGGCUUCCAUGAAUAUAAGAGAUGCUGUGCCUUCAUUAAUAGAUAUCUUUUGUAAGCUUUUUGAUGCUGGGAUGGUUUUUGAGCUUGAACAUUUUAACUGUAUUAUUAAGUUCCUUCACCAACUGCAAGUUUCCAGUCAAGAAAUUAAUGUUAUUUUGAACAUGAAAUCAAGAUUUCAGGCAAGACAGUUUAAAAAGAACUGGCUUUGUGACUUAAAUUUGGCAAUAGCUGAAAUUCAGCACUGUAAAGAAAAAAGUGACUGGGCCAAAUUGGGAACUUUGUAUGUUAAUAUGAGAAUACGAUGUGAAAAUUUUGGUGACCUUCAGAAAUUGACUUUAUAUAUUGCUGACAUACUAACAAGAGACUCCAAGGAAGAGAGACCAGGAGUUCCUUUUUGUGAAUUUGCUGAAGCAGUUAUCAAAAAUCCACAAUAUAAUGAAGCAGACAAAGAUUUCCUGGGAAGGACUGGGAUCAGUGUAAUGUAUUCUUAUCACACAGUACAGCAAUGGUCAAAGGGCAGGAAGGUUUUGGAUAAACUACAUGAACUGCAGAUUCAUUUCACAAGCUUGAAAGGACUUAUUGGUCCAGAAAGGUUAGCCUCAAGAUGCCAAAUUGUUAAUGCUGCUGCAGAAAUCUUCCUUAAAAGUGGAAGUCUGGAUGGAGCAACAUGGGUAUUGAGAGAGUCAGAAUGGAUAAUAAAUACACCAUUGUGGCCCUGCGAUAGAAUGGAUGUCCUCAAUCGACACAACCUGCUGUGUGCAAUUGCAUGUGAAUGUUUGACCGAGAAUCUAUAUAGACAAGCAUUUGGAGUUUUGCAGAAUCUACCAGGUUUCCAAAAUUGUUGUGACACUGUAGAUGUUUCCCAGUACAGCCUUCUUUUUAACAAACUUCUAGAUGCCUGUAUUGAGAGCAAGGGCCUUGGUAUAUCUUCUUCUGUAACCGACUUUAUGCUGUCAAAGAACAUCCCCAUUGAUUUUACUUUAAUUAGAGGAUUAAUUACAGCAUUGGGAAGGAGCUGUUUGUGGCUUAAAGCCAGGAUCUAUUACAAAAGUGCUUUAUCAUUGGGUUGCUACCCACCGCUAGAGGGAAAUUUAUACCGCAAACUUUUACUGAUUCCUUCUUACAUGUCUGAGAUUGAGAUGUUGCUGGCCAUUGAAAUAUUCCUAGUUUCAAAUGCUAGUAAUAUUCAGAGUCCGGGUGCCACCAAUCAGACACUUCAGAUAGUACUGAAAAGAUCUGAAGAACAAAAAGUGCGGAGUAAAGAUGACUAUCAAGCAGCAGUUGAGAGACUGAUUCAAGCUGCUCGUAUAUCUAAUCCAAAGCUUUUUCUUAAGCACAUGACAAUGAAUGUUAAUAUGGAACAGGUUUACAGUUUGGAACAUAAUUCUGCUCUGAAAUGGCUGAAAGAGAAUAUGAAAUGGGCUGGAAAGGUCUGGCUUUUCAGUAGUCAUUAG